AUGAGGGUAACGCAAAUACUACGAAGCGGAGGCGGCAAGAUCCCCUACCCAAAACACGUCUGGUCGCCAGCCGGAGGCUGGUACUCCCAACCCGACAACUGGAAGACCAACACCGCCAUCAUGGGUGCCGUGAUGACUGGGAUUGUCGCCAUGGCUUGGAGCUACAGCGCAGAGAACGAGUUCAGGAAUGAGAUGCCAAGAUCCGACCGGUUCUUCCCUUCGAGAUGGUGGAGCAAGCAGAUCAUCGAGCACGAGCGAGCACAGAAGGCCAAUGCUUUGAGGGAGUCAUGA